AUGUUGAGACUAGCAGUUUUAAAUAAACCUCUUGUGACGGCAACGGCAACAAGAACUGGUGCUUUAAGGUUGACUUCGAGAUUGAGAUUGCGCGGGGGGUUAUUGUCUAAAAGUGUUGUGGCAAAUUGCAGCUUUUCAGAUUAUGGAAAUACCUCUUUUGUUGCUAGUUCUCGCUCUUAUUCUACAAAGUCGACCGUUGUCCAGUUAUUAAAUAAUAUAGGCUCCAAGCGUGAAGUUGAACAAUACUUGAAAUUGUUCACCAGUGUUAGUUCCCAACAGUUUGCUGUUAUAAAAGUUGGUGGAGCAAUAAUUACCCAGCAAUUGGAUGAGCUUGCUUCUUGCUUGGCAUUUUUGUACCAUGUUGGACUAUACCCUAUAGUCUUGCACGGCACAGGUCCUCAGAUUAAUGAGCUAUUGGAAAAUGAAGGUGUUGAGCCCGAAUAUAUCGAUGGAAUUAGAAUUACAAAUCCAAAAACAAUGCAAGUUGUACGUAAAUGUUUUUCUGAACAGAAUUUGAGAUUGGUCACGGCUUUGGAAAGAAUCGGAGUUCAUUCUCGUCCAAUCACUGCUGGUGUCUUCCAAGCUGAAUACUUGAACAAGGAGAAGUACGAUUUGGUUGGUAAGAUUACUGGAGUCAACAAGUCUCCCAUCGAAGCUGCUAUUACCGCAGGAUAUUUACCUAUCUUGACCAGCUUGGCAGAAACCCCAAGUGGCCAAUUGUUAAACGUUAAUGCUGAUGUUGCCGCUGGUGAAUUAGCCCGCGAAUUUGAACCAUUGAAGAUUGUUUACUUGAACGAGAAAGGUGGUAUCAUUAAUGGAAGUACCGGCGAGAAAAUAUCUAUCAUUAACUUGGAUGAAGAGUAUGAGGAUUUGAUGAAGGAAAGUUGGGUUAAGUAUGGAACGAAAUUGAAAAUCAAGGAAAUUCAUGACUUGUUGCAACAUUUACCAAGAUCAUCCUCAGUAGCAAUUAUCAAUGUUGAUGACUUGCAAAAGGAAUUGUUUACUGAUUCAGGUGCUGGAACUUUGAUCAGAAGAGGUUAUAAAUUGAUUAGUAGAAAUUCAUUGAAAGAAUUCGGUAAUCCUGAUUUGUUAAGAAGCGCAUUAUUGAGAGACCCUGAAAUUAAAGCUGGUAAAUCAUCAGUAGCAUCAUAUUUGAAGUUUUUGGAAUCUGUUGAUUUCAAGAGUUAUGGCGAUGAACCAUUGGAGGUAUUAGCGAUUGUCCUUAACAAAGAUGGUAAGGUUCCCAAGUUGGAUAAAUUUUUAUCAUCAAAAACAGGAUGGUUGAACAAUGUUACUGAUAAUAUUUUCAAUUCAAUCAAAAAGGACUUCAAAUCACUAUGCUGGAUUGUUGAUGAAAACGAUGGUAACUUGGCUUGGUAUUUUUCCAAGUCUGAUGGAUCCUUUUCCAAAAAUGGACAGAUUUUAUUUUGGUAUGGCUUGAAAACAUCAGAAGUUGCUGAGUUGAUCAAAGAGUUUGACAACUCUGCUAUUGGCUCAUCAUUAUCCUCAGGUAACGAAUCUGGGGUCUUUUCAUCAAGUCAGCAAAAAAGAGGUUUCCAUAGUAUGAAGAAGAGAAGAAGAUACGCUACAACUACAAACCCAAACCCACCAUUGAAAGAAGGUAAGAACCACUCAAAGAAAAAAGUAGCCUUAAUUGGAGCAAGAGGGUAUACUGGUCAAAACUUAAUCAAGUUGAUUGAUACUCAUCCGUACUUGGAAAUUUCCCACGUUUCAUCUCGUGAAUUAGAAGGUCAAAAAUUAAAAGGCUACAACAAGAACAAUAUUGUUUACUCUAACUUACAACCUGAGGAUAUCAAAAGAUUAGAAGAGAACAAUGAAGUAGAUAUAUGGGUAAUGGCUUUGCCAAAUGGUGUUUGCAAACCAUUUGUUGAUGUUAUUGAUUCAGUUGGUAAUACAAACUCUACAAUUAUUGAUUUGUCUGCAGAUUACAGAUUUGAUACUUCCAAGAACUGGGUUUAUGGAUUACCUGAGUUGAACAAUCGUGCAACUAUUGCCAAUGCUAAAAAAAUCUCCAAUCCCGGGUGUUAUGCUACAGCUGCACAAGUUGCAAUUGCGCCAUUGAUUGACUUUAUUGAGAAUGGUAAACCAAGUAUUUUUGGUGUUUCUGGGUACUCUGGUGCCGGAACCAAACCAUCACCUAAGAACGACACUGAGUUGCUUGCAAACAAUCUCAUCCCAUAUUCAUUAACAGAUCAUGUUCAUGAACGUGAAAUCUCGUCACAAUUGGGCCAACAAGUGGAUUUCACCCCACACGUGGCACAAUGGUUCCAAGGUAUAUCACACACUAUCAACAUCCCUAUAAAGAAGGGAUCUUUGACAUCUAGAGAAAUCAGAAAUAUCUAUCAAGACAGAUAUCAAGGAGAACAGUUGAUAACAAUCAGUGGUGAAGCUCCUUUAGUCAAGGAUAUAAGCGGUAAACACGGGAUCGUUAUUGGUGGUUUUGCAGUGAACUCAAAUGAGGAUAGAGUUGUUAUUGUUGCUACAAUUGAUAAUUUGUUAAAGGGCGCAGCUACUCAAUGUUUGCAAAACAUAAACUUGUCCCAAGGGUUUGGUGAGUAUGAAGGUAUACCUGAUGACACUGUCAUUAGGGGAUAG